UUUCACAAACUCGCAAUGGCUGAUGAUGCUGGACUGGGCCUUCGAGAUAAAUCACAAGAUAACACUAGAUCCGGUUUUGAAAAAAGAGAAAAGAGAAGACGAAUAAGAAAACUCCAAGAUGCAAUUUCUCAAAACCAGAUCAACAUUGUACAGCAGAUGAUGGAGGAAGAUUUUGACGUUGAUUUCCAGUACCGUGGCCAGACAGCUUUACAGUUAGCAGUAAAGGAAGGCCUUUGUGACAUGUGUGUACCCCUAAUUACGAAAGGAGCCGACGUGAAUAAGAUAGACUCUGACAUGAACAGCCUCCUCAAUAUAGCAUGUUGGAGAGGAUUUGAUGACAUAGCAGCAUUACUCAUACAAAAUCAAGCAGAUGUUGACUCUCAGAAUGACCUUGGCUGUACACCACUGAAUACAUGUGCCUACAAAGGUCAUGCUUGUAUCUGUAAUCUUUUGUUGAAAGCAAGGGCUGAUUCCAACAUACAGAACUCACAUGGUCAAACACCGCUCCACACAGCAGCCAAACACAGACAUGUGGAGAUUGUAGACUUACUGAAAAACUCAUCCUGUAACAUGAAUCCAGGAGAUGAGACUAGGAAAACUCCCUUGAUCUGGGCAGCAGACCUGGGCUUCGCAGACGUAGUAGAAUCUCUUCUAUCAGGAGGCGCUGAUCCUAACAAGCAGGACAAUUUAGGGCGGACAGCACUUUACUGUGCUGCCUCACAAGGUUAUAUAGAUGUCACACAGAAACUCAUCGAAACCAAGGCUAACCUGAACCUCCAAACUACCAAAGGCUGUACACCCUUGCUAGAUGCUAUAGGAAGUUCUUGUUCAGGCUCUCUUGACAUAGCCAAGCUGCUCAUCAGUUCAGGGUGUGAUGUGAACUUAGCAGACCGACAAAAACAGGCACCUAUACAUGCUGCAGUGCGUCAGGUUUCCCAAAUGUUUGGAUCUCCAACUGAGAAUGCCUUGGCGUUAGUGAAGAUUCUUGUGUCUGGAAAGUGUGAUGUGAACCAGCUCGAUAGCGAGGGAUGGACACCUCUCUACCAGGCAGCUUUAGCUGGUAACCAAGAAAUAACCAAGAUAUUGCUGGAAGGCCAUGCCGACGUGACUCUCCAAACAAAAAACGGAAACAGUGUCCUACAUGCUGGAGCAAUGGGAAACAGCCUGGCAGUAGUCAACACAUUGUUGUCAGCAGGUUGUGAUGUGAAUAAAACCAACUCCAAUGGUGAGCAUGCCCUGUUUGCAGCAAUCACAUGCAGAAGUAACAUGCAGAUUGUGAAUGUCCUGAUCAAAUCUGGAAGUGACAUUGAUUUGAAGGAGAAGAAGUUAAACUGUUCUGUCCUUCACCAGGCUAUCAUCCAACACUAUACAGAGGCGGCCUUACUUUUGAUAGAAGCAGGGUGUAAUAUCAAUGCUGUCACAGUCAAGCUGCAGACUCCUCUGUAUACAGCCGCUGAGAAAGGCAAUGAAACUGUGACAGAAAAGCUUGUCAGUAUGCCGAAAUGUCUACUUAAUGGCACCAAGCAUUCAACAGUUCCUCUUCAUGUUGCUGUCACCAACAACCACUCCAAGGUAGCCAAGAUACUCAUCAAAGCUGGCUGCAACAUCAACCAGAUGAAUGACAAAUGCAUGACCCCUAUCAUGGCUGCCACAGAGGAAAACAGUGUGGAUGUUGCUAUGGUGCUGCUCAGGUAUGGUUGUGACCUCAAUGGACAAGCCAAGGUCAGGAAGGUGUUGCCCUGCUGUAUAGUGAGGGAGGACCCCCAUCCACAUUUUGACCUUGAACCUUUGUUUCUGGCCUUGACCCACAAGAAUGUCAAACUGUUGAUGUUAUACAUGAAGUUUUACUUCUGUAUCCCAUACAAGCUGAUUAAGAUUUUGUCAGACAUUCUGAGGACAUCCAGGGACAUGAAUACUCAGUAUACACCGGCUCAGAAAAAGACAAUUCUGGCUGUAUUUGAUCAUACCUUGAAGCAUCCAAGAAAACUACAGGAAAUCUCAAGGGCUAUGAUAAGGGAAAAGCUGGGGAGUAGGCCAGAGGUUAAAGUGAAAAGUCUUACGCUAGCAAGCAAGUUAAAAGAUUAUGUUUUGAUGUCAGAUGUUUUAGGUGAGGAGGAGGAGGAAGAAGAGCCAUCACAGGAAGAGAAAGAGAGAGGCAGGUUUGGUUUAGUGAUGGACUAGGUCAAUCAGUGCAAUAGAUAAAUCACUUCAUACAAUCUAGAUUCUGAAACUGCAAAAAAAUGUGCAAUUUUGUUGUUUUAAGUUAUUUUUGUUUCCAGCUGUUCCCUUAUAACUUAUUAUUUAUUUUUGUUGAAUGAGUUUUUGUUUUCAGUAGGUAGAAACCGUUAUCUUGUUUCAUUAUUGUCAUUUGUUAGUUACAUUAUUUAUUAUUGACCUUAAAUAGCCUCUCAAUAUUUUUGUCUGAUAAAUAUGUAAAAGUGAAGGAUAUACAGGUCACCUUACUAGCUCAUGUGAGUGGGAAUCUCGCUUUAGUCUAUAGAGCCAAAUGUAUAUCUAAGUCCAUCAUGGACAUUGUAUUUUUCAUUCCUCUUUCCUAUUACACAAAUAUACAGAUUUUUUACCUUCUUCAGAUCUUGUUAAUAUGGUGAAAUGAACAAAUCACUGUAAGAUCGUGUUCACUUGUGUAUUUUUUGGAACUUAGAUGUUCAUGUUGUUGAAUUUGAUGAUUUUCCUUUUUUACAUUAUCCCUGGUGCUAUAUAUAUAUGCCACAAAGAAUUUAGUGUAACAAGAUGGUCAUUCUUUACUCCGUCCAUCAUAGAGUGGUAAGUUAGUUUUGCAUUCGAGUACACUGUAUUGAUAAAUAUGGCAGGUUUAAUUUUAUCUAUAUUAUUGUCAUAGUAAAUGCUGUUUUCUGCUGAUAUGUAGUAAGAUUUGUUUACAAAAUGGUAUCAAUUGUGUAGUUAAGUAAACCUUGAUGGUGAAGUGUUGAAAGGGCUUAAGGUACUUAUGGUUAUUCCAGUUAAAUUUAGUUAAAUCAACUUAUAUUACCUGUUUAUCACUCUUGUUGGCCCGGAUGGAAGCGCUCAACAGGUCUUACUGUGGAAGGAAAUCGCAGUACCAAGUUCACAGUCACGAAUUAAUUCAAACAGUAUUAUAUAAUAGGCCACUUUUACUUUAGUGCCCACCAUGCUUAGAUUUUCUUUAUGUCUGCAUCCUCCCAUAGGAUAAACACAAAUUUAAAUGUACAAUGGGUUUUUAGCUCACCUGGACCGAAGGUCCGGUGAGCUUAUGCCAUGGUGCAGCGUCCGUCGUCCGGCGUCCGGCGUCCGUCGUCCGUCCGUCAACAUUUG